AUGUUGGAGGAGAGGGGUAGUUUGUGGUAUAGGGUGUUGGUAUGGAGAAAAUGGGGGGGGGGGGGGGGAGAGUUGAAAAUAGGGGCAGCAGGGGGCUCUGUGUGGUGGCAUAGUGCAGAUAGAAUUUGUCAAGGGCUGGGAUCGAAUGUUAGUGGGUGGAUGCAUGAUAAUAAUAAGGUGGGGAGUGGGAGGAGAGACAUGGUGUUGGCGGAGGAUGUUGUUUGCGUGGGAGGAAGAGUUGGUGGGGGAAUGGAUUCGGGUGUUAGAGACAGUGGAUUUGCAGGAGCUGUGUGGGUUAAUUGGAAAGCUCGGAAUCAGCUGAUUUUUCAAAAUUUGAGCUUGUCGGUUAUGAAAAUUGUUGAAAAGGCUAAGUUACAAUCGUAUUGGUGGUUGAAAUCUUAUUUUGUGAGUUUCGGGGUUAGUUAUCAUAUUUGGAGGAGAAAUCCUAUGAAUUUCAAUUGGCGUAAAUCCAUGAAGGUACUCAUCUUGGGAACCAGCUAUUUCAAAGCUAAGAAACAUGUUAUAUUCAUCGAAAGGAAAUCAUACAUAUGGUGGAGGGAUCUUAGGAUUUCCUUGGUGUCCUUUGGAAAUGAACCAAAUUGGUUCGGUAACUGUAUUUCCUGCAUGUUAGGGAAUGGCUCGGUACCUAAAAGAACAAGAAUAACAAUAACAUAUAUUGAUUCCAAUAUUCUCACCAAUUCUUAUGAUGGAAAGAAUAGUUAUGGCCGAGGUAGAGGUUCUAAUUAUGGAGGCAAUAUAAGGAGUAAUUCAAGGUCUAUACUCAAUUUAAAAGAUAUGGUUACACAAAUUGCACGAGAAGGCCAAACUUACGGACUCUUUGCAAGAGGAUGCGAAGACUUAUGGCUCUCCCUCUACCCUUGCUUCCCGGAGGAGGAUCAGAAAAAUAUUCAUCACGAGGCCAAGGCUAAUGUCAAGACCCUAAACACUAUUGAAGAUGAUGUUGUCGGUCUAAAGGUGACUCUCCAUAGUUCCCUUCAAUGGACUAUGCAAUCUAUGUAUGAGGUCCACGAUCAGGUCAUGGAACACGUAAUGAGGUUCUGCCUCACUACUCCAAUUCUCGUUGAAUACCUAAGCCCAUUCCAAGCUACUCUCGAGGGGGAUCUAGAGGGAGAUCCUGGUACUACAGCUCCAGGUGCUUUCUUAUGA